AUGGAAGAACUUGAUAGCAAGAUUUCAGAAAAAGCAACACCAUCACAAACAUCAACAAAUAGUGAUGACAACAUUCUUUCUCAAGAGAUAACAGAGUUAGCCGAUGGAACGGAUUUGUUGGAAGAAUAUGAAUAUGUCGUCGAAAGGAUCAUUGACCACAGGAUUGGAGAAAAUGGAGAGUAUCAAUAUUUCCUUAAAUGGAAAGGCUAUCCUGAUGAUGAUUGUUCUUGGGAAAACGAGACGAACAUUUUUGCAUUAGAAAUGAUUCAAGAAUACUGGGACAAAAAUAAUGGCAUGGCUUAUGAUAUUGGAUGUAUCUCACCAUUGGCAGGACCCAGCAGAUUCAAUCAACACGUCAUGAGCGGCGGCGAAAAUGCUUACUCUUAUAGCGAUUCUGAAGACGCCUUUAUUUCCGAAUGCUUCAGAAAUCACUCCAGUUGUCAAGAUAGCGAUGAUAACAAUAUCUCCACGAAUAGUAUUAACGAUGAUGGUGAGUGUGAAAGUCAGGUAGAUGAUUACGCGCAAAAUGAUCAACUUGUUGGUAUACUCGGUGAAGGUCAUACUUCUGCCGGUGUCAAAAAUGCAAACGAUAUUAAGAGGCGAAGAAGAACAAACAGAAAUAAGGACAAUUUCGUUUCCAGAAACCAUAUUGAUGAUGAUGGUUAUUUGAUGAGGUUUCGUAGUACUUUGCAAAACAGUAGAUCCGACAUCGAGAUCAAGAAAAUUGCUGCCAUGGAGGAAGUUACCUGGGAAAAGUACGUGGAAAGUGUAGAUUAUGUAGAACGUGAAGAAAAUACGGAUUGUUUGGUGGUAUUUUUGACUUGGAAAAAUGGUCAAAAAACCGCACACGAUUCUUCUGUCGCGAAUUUAAAAUGCCCCCAGAAAAUUAUCGAAUUCUACGAGCAACAUGUUCAAUUUAUUCCCACGCCCCUGAAAUAA